CUUGCCCACAGGAGUGUUCUGAAAUGAUGCCCUUCAUUCAGCUGGCUGCUCCUCCAACGCUGUAGCUCUGUGGCUCCAGACAAAAGCAUGUACCAGGGAGAGGAGGCGAGGCUGCGCAGCGGGAGUCUGGCUCGAGAAAGGAAACACCUUGCUCUGUGCAUUAAUAACCAGGAAGAAGUAAAGCGGUAUCAUCGCUACUGCAAUCACAGUGGAGGGCAAGCAGUUCCCAAGGUGGACAGAAGCCGUCCUUGUAGGGGUGAGGGAGAGGAUGACAAUAGCCCAAGUCGCCGUGAGCAACAACAGCACCUGGAAAUCAAGGCUAUUGUGAUCCAGCGGGCCUGGCGUGCAAGCACGUCCCGCAGAGGGAGCUGGCAGGGACAAGACAAGAAGCGUCGCAGCCAUCGUCGGGGUGAGACGGUGCCUUCCGACAACCUCCGGGACCCUGUGAUGACCACCGAUAUUUCUCCGGAGCAGCGGAAGAGCCUCCAGAGUGGCUUCAAGAGUAAUCAUCUGACCAUGGACCUCGACAACAACAUCACUAUCAUCAUGCCACCCAUUGAGACCAAGGUGUUGAUUAUCCAGCGAGCCUGGCGUGACUUCCUCCAGAGACAGGAAGCGGAGAAGAGGAGCCCCUCCCCACCCUCCCUCUCCUCCUCUGACAAGAUGAGCAUGUCAAUCAGCAUGACAACCCUGUCAGAUGGCAGCACCCCGGAUUACCGGGAGGAUGGCAUGGACCUGGGGAGUGAUGCAUCCAGUCGCUCCAGCUCAGAGUCCAACUCCAACAAGGUUACACCUUGCUCCCCUUCUCUUGAUCUGGCCACGUUGGACGACUACAAAUCCUCCCCCUCUCUGGACCUGGUCACCUUAGAGGACUAUGAGGAGGAUGAGGACUACCAAGAGUAUAAGAAGAAGGUGAUAGAGGAGUGGGAGAGCGAGUAUGGAGAGGACUACACCUCUCCACAGCCUCCUGUUCAGGAAGAAGGCGGAGGAGGAGUUGUGGGGGUUGACGGCCUUGGCGAAGGCUACAGGAAGACAGUGAACAGUCGCAGUCUCGCUGAAGAAUUCCAGGAUGUGAAGACCGUCCCGCCCCUCCCGGCCCCCAGAGGACACACUGCCACCUCAAUUGCAGCCGUUCCAGAGGAACUGAAACAGAACGGCAAUCUGAUUUUGCCCAGGAGCCACCAGCUCCACUCCCCCGAUACACCACAGGGGGGCACAGGGACUCCCAAGCCCCGCCACCGCAGUUCCACUCAAGGCAGGGGGAGCCGCAGCACUGGCGGUGGUGGUGUAGGAGGCAGUGGAGGGACUGGGGGACGGCUGGUGGGACACAAAGAGGAGCAGGGUGUAGAGGAGGAGCCUCUUCCCACCAUGGACUGGGCAGCCCUGGAGAGACACCUGGCUGGACUGCAGUGCAGAGAGCAGGAGAACCAGAACCUCAACCAAAACCACAACAUGGGCAAGACCAACUACACCUCUGCCCAAAAGAAUGAGAGGGAGUCUAUCAGGCAGAAGUUGGCCCUGGGCAGUUUCUUUGACGAUGGGCCAGGCAUCUACACGAGCUGCAGCAAGAGCGGCAAACCCAGCCUGUCCUCCCGGCUGCAGAGCGGGAUGAACCUACAGAUCUGUUUUGUCAAUGACAGCGGCAGCGACAAGGACAGCGAUGCAGAUGACAGCAAGACAGAGACCAGUCUGGACACACCUCUGUCCCCCAUGUCCAAGCAGAGUUCGUCCUACUCUGAUAGGGACACCACAGAGGACGACUCUGAGUCGCUGGAGGACAUGGACUUCCUGAGUCGACAGAAGAAGCUGCAGGCCGAGGCGAAGCUGGCUCUGGCUAUGGCUAAACCCAUGGCCAAGAUGCAAGUGGAGGUGGAGAAACAAAAUCGCAAGAAGUCACCAGUGGCCGACCUGCUUCCGCACAUGCCCCACAUCAGUGAGUGUCUAAUGAAAAGAAGCCUGAAGCCCACCGACUUGAGAGAUAUGACGCUGGGGCAGCUCCAGGUUAUAGUCAAUGACCUGCACUCCCAGAUUGAGAGUCUGAAUGAGGAGCUUGUACAGUUGCUGCUGAUUCGGGAUGAACUACACAUGGAGCAAGAUGCCAUGCUGGUUGACAUAGAGGACCUCACCAGGCAUGCUGAGAGCCAGCAGAAACAUUUGGCUGAGAGGACCCUAUCUAAAUAAGAUGCCCGUCCCUGUUCCACCCUGCUCCCCUUUGCCAAGCUAAGCUCCCGCUCCAAACCAGAC